AUGUCUCUCGUCCAGCACUUGUCUGCUAUCGAUGGUGUGGACCGUGAGCCAGAGGCCGAUGAAGGAGACGACUAUAUCUCCAUCCGACGCAAGAUCAGCUAUGAUGUCCUACAGCCGCCGAAUGAGGGGAUCCCGGUCGCAGAGCUGCGCCCCGGCUCACUCGCGUACGACCAUUCUCCCACCAAAAGAAUAAUCCAGGUCAUCGUAACCGUUCUCGCAUGUUGGAGCGCAUCGGGUAUCGUCUUUGGAUUUGCAGCCCUGAAGCCAGUGCUUGUCGAAGAAGGUGUUUAUCGGGAGCGAUGUACCCCCGCCGAGGUCGAAGAGGGGCUGGAAUUAUGCUCCCAGCAAGAUCUGAGGUUGAACCUCUUCUUCACAAUCGCGUCCAUCACGGCAAAUGUCUCCGCUUUGCCAGUCGGUACUAUCCUCGAUCGAUGUGGCUCGCGCGUCUGCUGGCUUGCUGGAGCGGUUCUCCUAGCUGUCGGUGGUGUGAUCAUGUCAUUCGCGUUUCACAUUCCAAGCUUCGACGGAUAUAUCCCGGGGAACUUCUUCCUGGCACUUGCUGGCACGUUCCUUUUCGUUCCUUCCUUCCAAAUCGCAAAUGCCUUCCCCAAGUAUGCGGGCACGAUUGUUGCCCUCGUCACGGGCGCGUUUGAUGCCUCUGCUGCGGUUUUUUUGAUAUAUAGACUCGUCUAUGAGGCUUCGGAACGGAGGUUCACACCGGAUAAGUUCUUCCUGGGAUAUCUCAUUGUGCCAAUCUUGAUCAUCUUCGCCCUGGUGACCGUCAUGCCGAAACGGGAUUAUGUUUCGACGCUGCAGUUGGAGAAUCGGAUCGAGCGGGCGGAAGACGCAACGUACGACGUUCACGAUUCGGACGAUGAUAUUGACAGCCAGUCGGAAUUGAACCGGAUUCGAAAGAAGCGUGCGGAACUGCGGAAGAGGAGACUUCGUCAGAUCGAUGGUGUGCUCGGUGAUAAAGAUGAGAGACAGUUGCGUGCUGAUCGGGAGGAGGAUCGCCAGCAGACGAGUUGGGUCUGGGGUGUUUUGCAUGGAUUGCCUGCUCAUCGACAAAUGGCGACGCCUUGGUUUAUACUGAUCACAUUGAUGACUGUCUUGCAGAUGAUUCGCAUGAAUUACUUCAUUGCGACGAUCCGCUCACAAUAUGAAUUCAUGCUUGGCUCUGUUGUGGAAGCGGAUAGAAUCGGUGCUUUCUUCGACGUCGCACUCCCGGUCGGGGGUGUGUUGUUCACGCCCGUCAUUGGGCUCCUUCUGGACCGUCUCAGCGUGCCGGCCAUGCUAGGAUUGAUUGUGGUGUUCACGACCGUGAUCGGUGUCCUCAAUUCCAUUCCAGCCGUAUGGGCUGGAUACAUGACAGUGAUUCUGUUUGUGUUGCUUCGUCCGCUGUACUACUCGGCAAUGUCGGAUUACACGACCAAGGUCUUUGGGUUCGCUACAUUCGGUCGCGUCUACGGUGCUAUCAUUUGCCUUUCCGGGAUUGCCAACUUCUCCCAGUACGGUCUGGAUGCACUGACACAUCGCACUUUUGAUGGGAACCCGAUCCCAAUCAAUGCCGCCUUGGCAAUUGCCGGAUUCAUCGUGGGGACCGCACUGGUAACAUUUGUUCUCGUGGCUGUUAGGCAGCUUCGGGAGCAGGCUCGGGUGCAUGAGGAGGAGAGGGACAGACUUCUCUUGGAGGAGGACGAGGAGGAGGAUGAAUACGAGGAAGAUGGGUACCGAUAA